AUGAGUCAGGCAAUAAUAGAAACCACGGUGUCGCGAGAAACGCCGCCGUCGGACGCAUCAACCACGGCGUUCCCGCCCCAUCCAACCGACUCCCUAGAGGAGGAGGACGAUUAUUACACUGCACCUCCCCCACACUCUGCAUCAGCGUCGACUUCCUCACCCGCAUAUCCUCCGCCCUUUUCGUCUCUUAUCUUUUCGUCACUUCCAGACACCAAUCGCCCAUACAAAGUAACUGAACCUGGACCCGCUUGUCCUCCAGCCUUAUCGCCUCCAGCACCUGUCGAGGAGUCGCUCGAGCCGGCCACAUCUUCGGCGGUUGUUGCUGACACAAAAACAUCUUUUUCUGAACCAAAAAACGAGGGCUCUUCCGACGACAGUGAACCACCGCCGCCAUACACAGAAGGCUAUAGCCCACUUGAAUCAUUUACCUACGUGAUGGCUGCUGCAGGAGGUGCCUCCAGCAUCAUCACCCAGGUCCAGCAGACCGGGGGUCCGCCAAUCAACACUCUUGGUGAUAUUGGCGGAGAUGAACACGUCGGUCUCGACCUUCGUGGUACCCGGUUCACCCUUUCGCGAGAUGAGCUGUUGACUUUGCCUGAAUUUGUUCUGCUUUCCCUCUUCCCCAAUGGCCUCCUCCCGGAUGGACAUUCUACAAAUGGUUUCCAUGACGGGGAUGUAUUCCCAGUUGAUUAUGACCCGGUCUCACUUCAGUACAUGUUGGAUUUCUUCCGGACCGUUGCCCAGACCAUCCCCUCUCCUCUGCCUUCCGGCUCAAAUUCACCAGACUUGGAUAUGUCGGACGCAAUGCAAGGAUCAGCCCGUGACAUGCUGCAAGACCGUGCUGGCAUUAUUGUCCUCCGAGAGGACCUCGACUUCUACGUGAUUCCCCCUCGCGCUGAAAUUGGACACGACGAAAUGCUUGAAGUCAAGCGGGCGGCUGGUAGGUCGCUAUUGAGACAGGACGGCAUCUUUUCAGGACUGCGGAAGAGCGAGGAGAUUGGUUCCACCGAGCAGCAUCUUAUUGAAAUGCUGACAGCCGGAGGUUUUGAUCGUGCUGACCAGUGGGGCCACCGUGCGCCAGAGCCUAACAAGGCAGUAAUCUGCAGUCUUGCACUGGCCAAACUCCGCACCGAUAUUCGCGGGGACCUAUCCAACAACAAUUCCGUGGGCAUGGCCCAGAAGCUUCUCCUAUUUUGGCGGAAGCCUGCCCGCCGCUGCUGGUGGGAAGGUAUCGAGUUGGACGAUGUAGAGGGCGUCGAAGGGCCAGUCAAGGUCUGGAUCCGGCGUGUGUGGACUCUGGAGAUGAGUGUUAUUGGGCUUCGCUGA